AUGCCGUUUGCACCCUGGGCUGAGCAAAAGUUCGACCCUAAUCAAGCCCGUGACGUCACCCGAUGGAUGGAAGCUGUGCUCGGUCGGAAACUCUGUGAUGACGUCCAAGCUCUUAAAACAGAACACGAUUUUGCCGGGAUCUUGAAAGACGGCGUGGCAUUAUGCGAGUUGAUCAAUGAAAUACAGCCUGGAUCAGUGCGUCGAAUCAACAAACAGCUGUCUCCUUUCAAACAGAUGGAAAAUGUUGAGUUCUUCACAAAAGCCUGUGUGGAGUACGGCAUGAACGCCUUGGAUGUCUUUCAAAUCACAGACCUGUACGAAGUGAAAGCCGUCUACACGGUGUUCAACUGCCUACAUGCUCUGGGAUCCUUGGCUCUCAAGAAUGGAUUCAAAGGUCCUGUUUACGGCGUGAAGAUUGCAGACAAGGCAGAGCGUCAUUUUACCGAGAAGCAGCUAGCUGAAGGCAAAAGAAUCAUCCCCAUGCAAGCAGGCUCGAACAGGAACCCAUCUCAAUCAGGAAUGACACCGUACGGAUUUUCCCGGCAAAUUAUUCCCUCCGAUGUCGAAGCUACAAAACUGUCCAGCGAGAGCCAGAAUAUCGUUUCUCUGCAGUACGGAACUAAUUUAACAGCAAACCAAAGCGGCAUGACACCGUAUGGUUUAGGGCGCCAAAUCGUAUCCAUGUCGUCUGUGUCAGAUGACGCGGCCGGAAGUGAUGCUCAUUCCAAUUCCAAUAGUGACCCGGCUGUAGAUAAAGACUUGUCAACGGAAGACAGCGCGUUCAACGACGAGGAACUUUUCUAACAGUCUCUGAAUAUUUUUCCCACGCAGUAUUGAAUUGAUGUUAGCUUUGAAAUCAAAAGCAUGUGUCGGUAUUACGAAUUACAGCCUUGGGGGGUGUAUGAACAAGCAUGACUACAAAAUAAGAAACUGCGAAAUAAAUACUCGCGUCGUCAACCUGUUCGUACAAAACGUUGUGUCAAUGCACGCUUGUUGCUCAAGUCGUGGUGGCAAUCCUAAAAGUUACAGAGAAAGCUUACAUGUAUGCUAUUACUGAAGACCAUUGGGUAGUGUCUUUUCCGCCAUCAGUUUUGUUGUUUUAGGUUUGGCACUGGCCGUGUAUUAAAGAAGGCCCGCUUCCAAUGUUAUGUGUUUUUUCUGCUCUUUCACUAGAAAUAUAAAGUGUAAACCAAACUUUCAUAAUACCAUAAUGAUUAUGCCAUAUUCUGAGACUUGGUUUGAUAUUUAUGGGCUAUAACCUCUAAUUCUGAACGUGAAGUUACCAAUGCAGUGAUGUUCCGACCGCAGCAGGGAGUAGUGGAGAACUUGACGAUUGUGGAACAAAAAUAUUUGUUCUAAUACUUCCAUGAAAAUUUCCAUCAGUAAAGCUGAACAUUAUGAAAGCAGGAGUGACUGUUGUUUUUAUCCCAAGAACAGUAUUUUGUAAUCCAACAUGAUCUCUUAGGCGUCUAAAUGGACAUGAAUAACUGAUGCAUACCCAUUCAUACUUCCCUUGACGGAGUAGAUCGGAAAGGUUCAGACAUUUUGUAAAGAGUGCUAAAACAUCAACUACAGAAAUACAGAGAGCCUGUAGGGACUUUCAGAAUGUCUGUAGAUCUAUCAAAAUGCACAUGGUGUGAUUUAAUUUUUUAUUAUUUUUUUUAUGAUUCUCUACUUAGCUUAACAUUACGUAGUUUAUGUCUAUGGAAAAUGUAUAACUUUACGCAAAUAAUAAAUUUUGUAAGGACAUAGCUCUA